AUGAGCUCUCCGGACGACUACCGCGGGCCCAAGUUCGUGGGCAUCAUGGGCCACGACAACGUGAGCCACAAUGGCAGCAAGACCACCGUCUACUUCGUGCAGGUCCAGGUGCCUGAGGGCAUGUUCAUCGUUAAGCACCGCUAUCACGAGUUCAAGGACUUCCACGACAAGCUGUCGAGCGAAGGCUAUCGCUGCCCGGCGCUGCCGCCCAAGAAGUUCCUGGGCUCGUUCAACAAGGAGUUCAUCGAGAAACGUCAGCAGGAGUUGGCCAACUGGCUGCACUUGCUGUGCCAGUUUGACCCUGCGUCUGGCAAUUCGGACCCGCGCACAUCGGAGCUCUUCAAGGAGUUUAUGCUCACAAACUGA